UCUCAACACAAUUUCACAUGCUGCAGACGCCAGAUCUCAAACCAAAUCAGACAGCCUCACACUUCAGAUGUUGCAGAUUUUUGCAAGUGAUAUUGUAAGAGCUUUGAAAUUCAAAAAACGUUCCACCCAGAAAGGCUGAAGAAUUGUUUCACAGGAUCCUAGAGGGCAGGGCCUAAAGUUUGAGUGCCCUCUCUCCUCAUGUGCACAUUUCCUCUACCUCUUAUGCUCAGAUGAUGAGUGCCUCUUACUGAAGACCGACAGACCUGCAAGCAGACCUCUACAGUAUCUGGAUCCAAGCUCUCUCCUCCAUUCCUCUCUCAUUCCUUCUGUUCCUGAGGUGCCAGCCAAACCUGAGGGCCGUCGGACCCCGAGAGGGACACGGUAGUCAAAGGUAACCAUGGCCAACCCAUGCAUGGUGAUUCUGGAACUGCUCGGGAUGCUGAUCGGGUCAGGGGGCUGGUUUUGUUCACUGGCAGCCACCAUCAUGCCUCAAUGGUUUUCGCUUUCCACUGAGCUGAUGGGCAUGGAGAGCUAUGAACAAGGGCUUUGGGAGGCUUGUGUGAUCCAGGAGGUGGCCGGAACGGAGUGUCGUCCCUAUGACACUAUUCUAGGCCUCAGUCCGAAGCUCAUGCUGGCCCGCAUCCUGAUAUGCGCUUCCGAUGCCAUAUGUCUCCUCGGACUUCUUCUCGCCAUCCCUUCCAUGAGUCAAAUCAAUUGCUGUAAGAGUGAGGAUGGAUGGAGGACCAAGCGAGGUUUGAAGAUCACGGCUGGUGUGUUUUUAUUCAUCGCUGGAUUGUUUGUGCUCUUUCCCGUCUCCUACGUCGCUCACGGUAUUGUUGAAAAGUACUUUGAUGAAUCCGUACCUCACGUGGUGCCACGUUCAGAGUUCGGGGAUGCGCUGUUCAUCGGAUGGGCUGCAGGACUUCUUGACAUUGUGGCAGCCGCGCUGUUAUUUGCCUCUUGCUCUUACUCCGGAGACAGUGAACCACAUCUGCUGUAUCACCAUCAAAGGCAGGAGAUCGGAACUAUCAAUGGUUCGAGAAAACGCACUGAGUACGUUUGAGGUACAUUUGUGGUGAAAUGCCUAUUAAUGUUGAUGAAGCAGGAAAAAAAACUGUUUUUUUUUUCCUUUGAAAAAUGUUUAUAUUUACAGUAAGUGUAUGCAUCAGUCAAACUCUUGAAACAGGUAAAGCAUUAUGAUGCAUUUAUACUUCAAUGUCUGAGUAGUGUAUUUGAUUAUUUGUAUUAUCAGUUGCCAAAGUUGCCAAAAUGUUUUCAUUUGCUUUAAUAGAGAUGUAGUAAAAACUCUUGCCAUUUUGUGGAAUUUUGAUCACAAAUAUUGCCUUAAUAUGCAUAUUAUAUACAUAAUAUACAAAUUAUAUAUACUAGUAUAGAAAAGCAUAAAGGUAUGUGUAUGUAUAUGUGUGUGUGUGGGGGGGGGGGGUGCAUUUUUACAUUCAGUACUCAAUGCCAUCUGCAAAAGUAAUACAAGAGGGGCUUCUCAAUAGGAAGGAUGUGUCCCAGUAAGGCUGCAUAUCCCGACUGGCACAUCAUCAAGCCACAGAUGAUUAUGGAGAGGAAGGCAUUAUGUUUUCUUUUGUUUUGUUGUAAAUGAAGCACGUAAAGCUAAACUAUGCAUACUGAUAGCCACUGAAAGACCACAGAUGGUUGUCCUAACAUGUACUGCAUUAUUAGAAAGUCAGAUUUUCAAUAUAAAGUAUUCUUCAAAUUGUAAUUUGAAUAGUAUUUUUGUGCAGCGACCUAUGAGCAGCCCUUUAAGACAUAUUUCAAAUUUUAUUGUCAAACUCUCUCUUGCAAACUACCAAUCUCAUCCUCGCAGGUGCUAUGAAACGCAUUCACACUCUCUUGCACGGUACGUUUUGAUCGUUUGUUUUUCAAUUUGAAAUGAAAUAAGAAACAAGAAAAAGGCAAAAUCUAGCCGAAUUCUCGUUUUUUUCGUUCUUCUGCACAAAUGAAAAAACGAGAAUUCGGCUAGAUUUUGCCUUUUUUCUUUUUCUUUUUUUUUUUUUUGGUUCACGGGUAGAAAAUGGAUAAAGGACAAAAUUUGUUUUCCACACAAGUGGGCGAUCCCAGUGACGUCAUCAGCUGUUCCUCUGUUCCAUCAACAACAUAAUAGUCCUUUAUUUAUUUUUAUUCUUUUUUUUUAAACUGCAAUCUUUAGAACAACGAACAUACAAGGGAGAUAACAUAAAUUACAUAAAAAAACAAAGACAAUUAAAAACAUAAUAAUAAAAUAGGUAAAAAAAAAAAGAAAAUCACGUCCAUAACAAGUACAAAUAGUUACAAGUUAUUCAAACUAUAGAUAUAAGGCUUUAAAAUAAAUUACAGCUUUUGUCACUUUAUUUCUUGUUUCUUUUAAUACAGGUAGUGACCUGUUUCUAUUUUUAAAUUAGGUUUUUUUAUUAUUAUUUAUAUGAAUUAACAAAAGUUCUGCCUCCUCCGCUAUCGUCAUCACUGGCUCACUCGUCUGGUGCGCUGGUUGCUCGUGCUAUAUGAAGCGGACGAUUGUUUGUUGUCCAGCUGAACUACACCGAUAUUAUUUCUAUUAAAAAAACGCUAAAAGACGGUGGGGCGGUGGGCUAGUAAUUAGAACACAGUGAAACAGACUUUUCACAAGCCUAAGUGUUAUUAUCUAGCUAUUUAUCAACAUUUUAUUUAAAGGUCUAAGCUGUGCACACUUCUAACUUAUAACUACUAAAAAUUUAGCGGACUUGAACAACUAACAACUCAUGAGCAACGUGAAUCUGAGAGCGCCAUACCAUAUGCACGCGGGAGUUUGCGAGUGUGCGCGAGAGAGUCUGAUAGCACGUGUGAAAACUCUGAUAGCGUGUGAGAGACAUUAUAGCAGUGUACACCGUAAAAAAUAAAAAACACAAUUUGUUGAGUCAGCUUAAAAUAAUUUGUUACCCUGCUGCCUUAAAAUUUUAAGUUCAGUCAACUAAAAUAAGUUCAGUCAACUUGAAAUGUUAAGUUGUAUUAAGUAACAACUUAGAUAUUUGUGUUUGCUAAACUUAACAGAUGGGUAAGUAACCCAGCUGCCUUAAAAUUUUAAGUUGAUUCAACUCAAAUAUCUAAGUUGUCACUUAGUAUAAUUUAACAUUUCAAGUUGAAUAAACAUUUUUUGAGUUGACUGAACUUAGGCAGCCAGGUUACAAAUUAUUUUAAGUUGACUCAACAAAUUGUUUUUUACAGUAUAUGAGAGAGAGUUUGAUAGUGUGUGUGAAUGCUUUGAUUGUGUGUGCACGAAUAUAGUUUGAAUAAUGUCUUAAAGGGCCUCUCAUAGCGGCCGUCUCACACUGAAGCCUCAGAAGGAAUGGACGUGGAAGGACGCAUCCUCACUAGCACGCAGCUUUCCGGUUGAGAAGCACCCAUUGUUUGGAGAUCAUUGUUUGUAAACAGCUUCUGGGAAAUCAGCUGGUACUAAUCCAGAAUACUGUCUUUUAGUAAAAAAAAUUAUAAUAAUAAAAGAUGCUUAUUAUACAUA